UCCAGUAGAAAUCAGAAUUUAAAUCAUAGUAAAAAUAUCCACAAAUUCGGAACCCGCAUUUCACUAUAGCAAUAAUUAAUUAUUUAUGUAUCAUAAUUUGUAAACUGUAGAUAACUGAUAAGUAAAAUUAUUAUUGGUCUUUUCCUUGACGUUGAUUGUAGUGCAGUUUUUCCCAAAAAUUAUUAAAUUAUCUUCUGCUAGCGUUGUUAAGUGUACUUGUUUUCAAUUAUGGAUUCUUAAUCGUGGUAUUCAAACGUUUAUUUACAAUUACGAUUAAUUUUAUCUUCCAUAUUUCGUAAUUCGUUUUUAAUUUGUUGUACGUUUUGUAUUGAACAUGGACAUUAAUAUAGAGAAUCGUUCUGAUUGGGAAAGAAGAAGAAAAAUACGACUUGCUCAGGUUAGAGAUCAAUCUAAAGAAUUAGCUAAAACAAUACGUGAGCGUGUCCAUAGUGCAGUUGAAACCCAGUUAAAACAACAUGAGACUAUUAGAAAUAUAAGAGAACAUAAAUAUAAAUCACUUGCAUUAAGCAAAUUGAAAAGCGAUUUUAAUUACCUAGUGCAAGAUGUUGGCAGUGGAUAUUCUGUUGCAUCAUUUCAACCUGAUCCAAAUAUUGUAUUAGCUGAAAAACGGUUAGUAAAUCGUUGCAAAGCAAUUUCAAGGGGUCUUGAAGCAGAUAAAAGACAAAAACAAAUUCAAGAUAAACAACACAUAGAUGUAGAAAUUAAAGAAAGACAAAAACAUUUUAAUAAAACUGUUGAAAAAAUACGGUCAACAUUAAUAUCAACAAUUAGGCCAAAUGCCGAUAGUGGUGACAAAAACAUACAAAAUAUUAAUAAAUAUAAUGAAUGUUUUCUAAUUCCAAGUCAAGUAACUUUGAACGAAUCUAAUAUUAUCAAUUGGAAUGUUAACAAAAAAACUUCAAAACCUUGGUCAAUGGUUAUUAAUUCUGAAGAAAAUAAAUUAGUCAACUUGCAACAAUUAGCUACACAUGAUGACAAUAAAGAAAAUGAACAAGACAAAUGUAAAUUAACAAAAUUAGAAACCGAUGUUAAAAAUUAUGAAAUAUUAGUAACAGAACUUAACAAAUUAUCUGCCGAAGAACAAAACAUAAGAAAUAAAAUAUUUACUAAUAAUUGGAAGUUUUUUAUAUGCUUAAAUGUUCAGGAAGUUCUUGAACUUAGUAAAAAUAAUGAAGUUUCCUCAAAUUCAGAAAAAGAGAAAUAUAAAAAAAAUAUUGAAGUAAAACAUAGUUUGGAUGAAAGAACAAAAUAUAAUAUUACUGAAAAACAAAUAGAUGAUUCAUCAACAUAUAUAUCAUCGUUAUCAUCUAGUAACAGUAGUGAGCAAACUAAAAAAUUCACUAAAAAAAAUGUCCAUUUUGAAACCAAAGCAAAUGAAUUAAAUAAUAUACAACGAAAGUCAAAGUUAAUUAAUAAUAAAAAACCAGCUAAUGAAAGACCUUUAAAAAAUAUAAAUAAUACUUUGCAAAGAAUUAAGAUGAAAAAGCAAAUGCUUCUGAAAGAAAUAUCCACUGAUGCAAGACCUAAUAUUAAAAAAUUAAAUAUAGUUUCUUCAACUUCUAAACUGUCACCUUUACAUAAAAGAUGUUCUGCUGGUAAUGAUAUACCCAAAGAAAGUUCUACAAUGUACGCUGAGCUUCCAGAUUCAUUUUACAGUAGUCAACUUGAAACAUUAAAAGAACAAAUUUUAGAUGUAAAAUCUAAACCUUGUGAUACCAAAUUGAAUACAUCAUUAAAUAUAGAUCUAAUGAAAUAUAUAAAUUUACUACUUAAAAUGACACCUUUGGAAGUAGAUAAUUUAUCAAUUUCAUCUUGCUCUAGCAUUAGUCUUGAAGAAAGUAUUUUACAGUCAAAACAUAAUAUGCAGUACUACAGUGAAAUGUUAAACUGUAUAUCUAAAUGUUUAAAUGCUGAUAUUUCUGACAUAAAUGAAGAUAUUAUGUUAAAUUCACCUGAAAAUGUCAACUUGAUUAAUAGACUUCAAGGAUUAACAAAUUAUUACCAAGAAAAGAUACUGGAGAUGAAAAAUAUCUGUGAUGAAUCUACUCAAACUUUAAAUGAUAAAGUAAAUGUAGAAAAUCUUGAGAGAGAAUCUAUAAUUCCUUCAAAGAAUAAUUCUAUCAAUAAAUCUUCAGAUUCAUCAGUUGAUGGUGACUUCAUCUUGAGACAUCUAAACACAUUAUUGCUGAAAAAAGGACUCAUUCAAUCCGAUAAAGAAUGGCCAAUGUUUGAAAGUAUAAAUAAUAAUGAUGAUGUUGAUGAUAAUAGAAGCUUGACUGAUCAACUUCUUGAUAUAUCUACUGAGUAUAGAUGAUAAGUGAAUCUUGUACACAUCAAAAACAGUAUUUCCAACAGUAUAACAUAGGGAAUAACAAAAAUGAUUCUUCACUACAUCGCCC